AUGGGCAUUUGCCGUCAGUUCGUUCCAGGAAUCGAUGUUCCAGCCGAGGUAGUUCUUGCAACAACCGGUACUUUCUUCGUCAGCACACUGUGUAACCCGAUCAUCUAUUCUAUCCGUAAACGAGAAUUCCGUACCGCAGUAAGAAAAGUAUUCAGAUCGAUUGGAGUUUGUAUUUAGGUUCCAUCGACAAUAAAACUUUUGGGCCACUACCAAUAACAACGGAGACAAAAUAUAAUUUUGAGACUUGGCACAAAUGUUAACGAAAACCUUUGCAGCUUCUGAGAGACAAAAUUGUCAUGGAACAUACAUUCACUACGAGAGCAAAGAAGAGGUAGUGACGUUACUUAGAAUUGAGGCAAACUCUUAAACGAGCAACAUGAUGAAUGAUAACCAUCACCACGAGGCCAUUUUAUCAAUGCGGCGGUGGACUAACCUGGGUAAAAAGAGAAAAGAUGGGCAAAAUAGGGCCCACAAAUGGCACAUGAGAAUGUGUCCUUACUCUACUUCAUCGCGCAUUCCUCGUGUUUUCCCGAGUUUGAUUUUUUUUUUCGUUUAGAGCAGGUUUGCAAUGGACUGGAAUAGUUCCUUACAAAAAGACAUCAGGAAAAGAACGCNUUUUUGUUAAUUGGAUGAAUCUCACUAAUUGUUGAGAUAUCACAGUAAAUUGUUAGGUAGCCUGAGCAUAUAAUUUAAGGAGAUUAGAAUGGCAUAGGAAGAACUAUUCAGUAUUAUAAUUUAAAGAUUAUAGUUGCUUUACAAUUUACCUCAAGAUAAGAAAAUGACAGUAAAUCAAAAGACAACAGGUUAUACUGAGGGAUAAAAGGUAAUUAGUUGAGAAAUGAUUCUAAAAUUAAAGGUGCGCUCGUCAUUAAAUAUUCAGCUGAUCGCAGGGGGAAGUGAACGUUUUUACUUAUUAAAAACGAUUGCUGUUUUGCAGUGAUCAGAGAUUGUUUCUUCACUGUUUCUUCUUCCUUCAAAAAUGAUUUUCAUUGUUUCAAAGAGAUUAAAAAACAAAACCAAACAACCAAAAAACCCUAAAUAUAUAUUUUCUAAAGAAAACAAAAGUGAAAAAGAACAGAAACUAAGCUUUCAGGAAUUGUACAAGAUUUUCCAUAUGUUACUCCCUGCGUUUUAGUUACAGUGUGGGACCAAUUUCCGUCCACGUAUUCAGCUAAAGAAAAGAAAUGACGUAAAUUGUAUAAGAAAAUAUUCAAUUCAGCUGUAAAAAGUACAUACAUUUGAGAAAAUUAACUCACUUUGGUUGCUUUACUCGUAACGGUCAAACAAAUUACAUUACUUGUAUGUACGCAACUCCAGCCAUGAGCUUUCCUCAAGUAAUAGCAGCCUUCCACGCACUUUUCGACGCGAUCGGUCUUCCUGGUAAUUUAUUGGUCAUAGUGACGAUCAUCCUCGAAUCAAGAUUUCAUGUGAUGCGACAUAUUUUACUGGCAAGUCUGGCUUUAUCAGACUUUCUGCUGUUGGUCCUCGUCAACUCAUUCCGCAUCGAAAGCAUAGCGCAAGAACAUUGGUUAUAUGGUCAAACAAUGUGUUAUCUCAACCCAUUCUUUGUGAGAUACUUCUACAUCAACACGGUUCUUCACUUGCUAGCAGUGUCUUAUGAUCGAUACCUAGCGAUCGUCAAGUCGCCUUUGACGUACCACGGCACCAUUACAAAAACCAGAGUAGCAUUUAUGGCACUUAUCUGGAUAAUCCCGAUUCCACUUUCCAUCGGUCCAUUCCUUGGUUGGGGAAAGUACGUUUACAACCCAGAGGUGUUCUUCUGCGAGCAGGGAUGGGCUGUGCAGAGUGAUUCCACAAGAGGAAACAUGAUCGUUUUACCGAUCGCAACGUUUAUUGUGCCAUUCAUGGUCAUUGUAUUCCUGAACGGGUCUGUGUACAAGGCGGCGCGAAGGCAGAUAAACGCCAUUGACGUCCAAGUGGCUGAUGCUCAAAGCCCUCAGCAGCAAGAGAUCGUAUCGAGGAGGCUGAGCGACCGCAAGGCAGCUGUUGAUGUCACCAUCAUCAUCACUGCGUUCGUGCUGUGCUAUCUCCCAGCCUGGCUUAUGGGCAUUUGCCGUCAGUUCGUUCCAGGAAUCGAUGUUCCAGCCGAGGUAGUUCUUGCAACAACCUGUACUUUCUUCGUCAGCACACUGUGUAACCCGAUCAUCUAUUCUAUCCGUAAACGAGAAUUCCGUACCGCAGUAAAGAAAGUAUUCAGAUUGAUUGAAGUUUGUAUUUAG